AUGCCGCGGCCUUUUGGAGUAUGGGCGCCCGCCACGACCCUUGCGGAGUACCGUGCGCGUCUGCCGAACAUAACGGCGUUCGGGCUGAAGUGGGUGUUCUCGGCGAAGCGGGAGGUAUACUACCACCCCGAGGCCCUCGCCCACUUCAAGGACCACCAGCAGUACAAGGACGCCGUGGACACCGUCCGGGCGAUGCGCUACUCCGACAAGUUCUUUGGUGAGGGGCAGAAGCUGCCGCGCCACUUCAUGUCCAAGCUGACGGCGAUGGUGGUGCUUCACGGGGUGCUGGUCUAUGCCUUGGUGAGCUACUUCUACGGCGUCCACGUCCCCGCCAACAACCCGACCUGGCGCAAGGUGGUGAACAAGGAGUGGGAGGAGGCGAUCAACACCUCGCCGUGGGACCACAUGUCGCACGUCUGGCAGUACAGCGACCAGUACGCGGCGGUGAUGGGCGACACGGGCUCGCCAGGGCCGCGGAAGUUCUACAUCCCGGCGUAG